AUGAAGCUCCUACAACAGGCUCCCGUCAUUGCAUUUUUGAGCCAUCUCAUUACAGUUUCUGCUAUGAAACAUUAUGUUUGUCCAUUUUCGGCUCGGUUUACGGAGGCCGAAAUCAAUCAGUUCCGGAACGAAGUAAUUGAAAGGCGAGCGACUUCUUUGCAAGUCUAUGGUAUGCAUGAUGGCGCACCACUCUAUGAAAUCCGGCAACAGACUGUAGGAGAGGAGACACACUACUUCCUACUAAAGGUAAAUCUCAGCACUGGGCAUUUCCAAGUGGUGGAGAAGAACAAUGAUGGCUUUCAUGAGUGUAGACUACAGUAG